UAAAACUGUGUGAAUUUAUUAUGGAAAAUAGGAAAAUAAGGCUGAAGUUUUGCCACCAAAACCAAAUCAACAGACAUGAAUUCUGCAACUGCAAGAGUUCUGAUUCCCCAUCUUCCCUUUCCCUCUUCUUCUUCUUCAUCAAACCCUAACCCUAAACCUUCAAAACCACUCAAUCGAUUGCCGAGCCGCCGUUUAUUCCUCUUCUCCCUCCCCACAGCCACCGCUUUUGUGCUCCCCAUUCCCACCAAUCCGAUUCUACCGAGUUCUUGCGGUGCUCUCGAGGGAUUCAACCCUGUCACUCCCUCUGAGAGGGACGCCAGUGCCGCCGUCUCCCGCAGAGUAUCAGAGGCCGUGGAGCUUCUUGAUAAAGGCAGGGAGUUGCAAGCUCUUGGUGAUUUCAAUCGUGCUCUUCUCUACUUCACUCAGGUAAUUGAUAAAUAUAAAGAUUUUGCUUUCUCGGACUAUGCCCGAGUAGGCAGAGCCUUGGCGCUGUAUGAAAUUGGUGACCGAGAAGAAGCAAUUGCUGAGAUGGAGGAUGUUUCCAUAUCAUUGAAGGGAUAUCCAGAAGUUCAUGCCGCACUGGCCGCAGCUUUAUAUGUGGACAAACACGCUCCGUUGCUCGCUGAAAAUCAGUUCACCAUUGCGACUCUGCUUGAUCCUCAUUACGUGGAUAUCUCAUAUGUGAAAGAAACAAAGCACUGGCCUCCUAGUUUGAUUAGUUCUUUGCAACAUUUCUUAACGCUUUCUUAGGCACUUGUGAUAAUAUAUAUACAGCUCGUGGGAUCAUAAUUCUCAAUUCCUCAUUUUGUAAGUUUAUACAAAGUUUAUUAAUAGUCUAUAGGGUACUUGAGAGUGACAUCGGUAAACGACUGUACACUCUAUGCUUGUCUAACUACAAAUACCAUGUAAGUAGUUGAAAAUUGUUUAUAUUUAAUCUCUUAUUCCUUAA